AUGGCCGCCGUAAUGCUGGCGGUGCGUGGAUACCACGACAACGCCGCCAUCUUCCUGUACGCCCUGACAGGAGUCCUGGUCAACCAGUUCGUCAUGCUCCUGUUCACGUACAGCGUCGAAGUUUUCCCCACCGACACCAGUGGAGCGGCAGUGUCUGUGGUCGACUUCUGCGGUAGGCUGGGCGCGCCGUCAAAGCCGCCCGUCCUGCUGCACGCAAUUUCCUGCUCCAAGGGAACUGUUGGUGCUGAAAGUCCGGUGAUGAAUCGAGACUUGAAGCGAAGACUUGACGAUCAGGCAGCCACCUCGGGGCCUCCAGGUGUUGGACACGCUUUUAGAGACACUUCGUGCGAGGUCAUCAUCGCCAAGGCGGAGCACGAAGACUGUCCUUUUUAUGAGAUCCCUCCGAGGGACCACCUCAACCCGAUGGAAGUCUCCGAUAACGACGACCACACCAACUUCUCGAAGCACAGCGUGCUCUCGGAAGACCUGGAACACAUGCUCGGAGAUGGCCGCUACGAACUCGAAGCCCUGUUCAGCGUGACGUGCGCCCGUUUCGUCAUGCUGUGCCACAACCACCUGCACAACGUUGCCGCCCCGCACGUCGACCACAAGUGCCGACCACCGGCCGAGUACUCCGACCCGACUCUGGCCCAGUGGCGCUCGGUAAGCGAACUCGAGCACGACCCGGGACAACCUCGGUGCUGCGAGCGUUUCGUGCCACCGAUCUCCGUCCUGACGGCCAACCGGUAUACGCUGCCCCGCGACUCUGUCGUCCACGACGCCUCCUCCUACAGCUGCACCGUCAUCGGUGACUGGAACCUGGCCUCCGAACGUGGAUGGCUACAGCCGGCCUCGUUCGCCGUCCACAUGUGGGGGGCGGCGCUCGAAUCCUUGGUCACCGGUCACGUCACCGACAAGGUGGGUCGACUACAGGUCACCCUGAUCACGACGUUCGGUCUUAUAGGCUGUCGCAUGGGUGUCUGCUCCACUGACACGUUUCUGACGUUCGCGGCGCUCCGCUUCGGCGUUGCUGCCUUCGUCUGUCGUUUGCAGCUGACCACGUACCUCGUCCUGUUCGAGGUGAAAGAUCGGACUAGGCGCACUCUAUACUGCGUCGCAGCGACGGGCCUCUGCCUGACACUCAGUCCAGUAUUUGUGUACGCCCUGACCGAGCUGAGUCGUUCCUGGGUUGCGACGCAGGUGGUCGUCAAGCUGCCAACGACCCUGUUACGCCUCGUAGUCGUCUACGUGGCGAAGGAGUCUGGGCGGCGUCUGCUCACGAUGGUGGAAGUGUCGUGGGCCGAUAAAGCCACGUUCCUGACGGCGAGGCUUAGACGCGACAGCUGCCUGCAUGACGCGCUCGUGGACUGGCGUUUGCACACCUCACAGGCUCGCCGAAAGCCCUCCCGAAGCGCGCAGCUCUCGUACUACAGCCAUGUCACGAUGCGCGCCCGCUUCAGCGGUGGCAGUGCGGAAGUUUUCUGGCUCAAAUCGGCCACGGUCAUGCUCAAGAUACCUAGUUCCGUGGCCACUUACCUCUCCGUAUGGCGCCUGGGUCGGCGGUCUGCCCUGUGGCUUCUGCUUUGCCUGCUGAGCCUCAUGGCCCGAAUGGCCGCCGUAAUGCUGGCGGUGCGUGGAUACCACGACAACGCCGCCAUCUUCCUGUACGCCCUGACAGGAGUCCUGGUCAACCAGUUCGUCAUGCUCCUGUUCACGUACAGCGUCGAAGUUUUCCCCACCGACACCAGUGGAGCGGCAGUGUUUGUGGUCGACUUCUGCGGUAGGCUGGGCGCGCCAUCAAAGCCGGUACUGAGGCCUCUCUUCCGCUUCGCUGGUCUAGGAGGAAGCACUGUGGCAAGGAUGGCACUGCUAAGCCUAUAA